GAGCCACCUUCCUGUUCAAGUGAGCACAGCAGAAGUUCCGCAGAUCCAUUGUGUGAUCGUCACGGCAGCGAACCCCAUGGCGGACUCGGUGGAGACGUUCCAGACACACCUCACCUCUGUCAUGGACAGUUUGGUCCGAGCGUCGGUGUGCGAGAUCACCAAACUGUUCCAGGACACGGUGAACGACUAUCUGGUGGAAAUAUCUCUGAACAGGAAGGAAAUGGAGGCUCUGAAACUCCGACUCCGACUGACCGAGAACAAACUGAGAAAUGAACGCAAGUACGGGAUGGGGUUGGCAGAGAAUCGCCGCAAUGCUGGUUUGAUAGGGUCGGAGGACGGUGGGCGGAAAAAGCGAAAAAUUGAAGUGCUCCGAGGAAAGCAGAAGCUGGGGCCUGCGUUUGGAGGCGUGUGGGAGGAAGGAGGAGCAGCAGCCGGGCAAGUAGCGGGGGGAGGCUGGAAGGAGGCACGCCAGAUGUACCUCAUCCAGUUCCCUGGGGAGGAGGAAGAAGGAGAACUAUUGGAGGAGGGCUGUAUCUCGGGAGAGGGGGAGGAGACGGACAUCAUCAAAGAGGAGUCCGAUGACAUGGUGGAGGGGGGCUACCAGCCUGCGUCUCUGCGGCUGAUCAAGGAAGCCCUGAAGAUGGACCUACCCAACCAGAACUGCCAUACUGGAUCCAGAACCCACAGCGAAGUAGGAGACAUGGAGCUCAGCCCUGUGGCCCUGAAGCGGCCCCCAGCCGUGAGCCCUGAAGAGGAGGAGGAGUGGGACGUGGGGUCCCCUCCAACUGAGGUGUCAGAGGGGGGGCUGAGCCGGGGGGACCUGAGUGGGCUGGAGACGGCCCUGAGGGCAGAGAGGGGGCGCGAGCAGGCAGCCCUGAGGAUCCCCCCCACAGCAGGCUCCAACCAUGGCUCCAUGACCCCUGACCCGGAAGUAGUGGCAGGCAGUGAGUUCAGCCUGGGCCAGAAGUACAUUGGUCUGGAUGGGCUGGAACAGGGGGAGCUGGGGAGUCCCACAGCCUCAGAGAGGGACUAUGGAAAUUCCCUGCAGGUUCAUGGUGCCCGUCUGAAGGAAGGACAGGAGGCACUGCCAGUUUGGACUGGAGGGGAGCUGCAGCCACGCUGGCCCAAGAGACUGAGGGUUGGUGAGGGGAUGGGGGAGCAGGGAGGCUCAGACGAGGGUUUACAUCAACAUGCUCUCUCCCUGUCUGCUUCGGGUAGCGUGGAUGACAGUGGUGAGGAGGAGACGAUGGACCUGAUGCAUUUCUGCAUGCAGUGCGGCGGGGGCUUCGCCAACGAGGCUGCGCUGGAAGAGCACCCUUGCCCCCUGGGGGACGCCCACCUGCAGGAAGGAGGGACAGAGAACACCCUGUUCCCCUGCGCCUCGUGCGGCCACGCCUUCAGCCAUGCCUGGGCCCUAAAGAACCACGAGUGUGUGUGCGCGGCUGAACGGCCCCACCGCUGCGAGCUCUGUGGGAAGGGCUUCACACACUCUCGCUCGCUGGAGAGGCACCAGGUGGUUCACACUGGAGAAAGGCAGCACUGCUGCCAGCAGUGCGGAAGGAGCUUCAGUCGCCUAGGCAACCUGGAGAGGCACCAGCGGAUCCACACAGGCGAGCGUCCGUACGGGUGCGAGGCGUGCGGGAAGCGCUUCAGCAGGGUAGAGUACCUGAAAAGACACCAGCUGAUCCACAGUGGAGACCGAGACAAGGCCGGCAGCGCUCACCAGUGCUCCCAGUGUGGAAAGAGCUUCAGCGAACCAGAGCAGUUUAAAAAACACGAGUGCUUUUUAUAACCUUUGAUACGUUUGAUAAUUGAGAUUUACCAUGAUUUCUUUGGGAAGGGAAAGUUGAAAUUCCUGAUCACGGUAGAAGUUGCUUCCUAACCAGAUAAAGAUCAUAUUAAGAUCGACCUAAGAUCAUUUAACCCUAGCCUCAAUCCCAAAGUUGACCAUUAGAAAUUUGUAAAGCUCUGACCUUGUAUCAGUUGUUGCGGACAAAUUCUACAUACUCCAAAAAAGUGGAACAAAGAUGAUGGUGGUCAUCCAGGGAAAGGUUGAAAUGAACUAUCUACUUGUACAUAUAGAAAAUUGUGCUUUUAUUUAUGUUUCUCAAAUGUACAUUGUCUUUACAUCAAGAAAUGAGUAUUUUCACUGAAAAUCAAUCAUGGCCUUGUUUAUCUUGACUUUAUCAAUGAUAAUAACAUUUACAUUUACAUUUUAGUCAUUUAGCAGAUGCUCUUAUCCAGAGCGACUUACAGUUAGUGAGUGCAUACUAUAACAAUUUGGUAUUUUGUACUAUUCGUUUGUUUUCUGUAUUAUCCAUCAGGAAUAAAAAAUGUACUAUUCAGUGA